GUGUAGAAUUUUCUUCAAUUUAUUUUAUUUUAGAGGCUUGUUCUAGCAAUAAGAUGCUAUCGUCCAUAAACAGGAGAUGAGAAGGUAUUGGAGCAUUCUUCAAUAUUGAAAUCACAUGAAUAUCCUCUUUUAUGUUCGACUUCUUGUAUCAUAAAGGAAAGGCCUUCUGCACACACGAUAGAAAGAGAUACCUAGAGAUUGGAUCACCUUGGCUUAGCCAUAUAUUAAGAAAGACAGAUUCUCUUUUGUGUUGUUCAACAAGAUUGAAUAGGAUAGCGUUGAAAAUCAACUCGUGUCUAGAUUCAUCCAUUGCUACUCGAACUCCAUUUUUCAUCACCUUCAUCAGGAAGCUCCAUUCCACGCGGUCAUAUGCUUUAGCUUAAACCAUAUAUAGUUUUGCUGCAAAGAAGCCUUCUCUCGCUUCUUGAGCUUCAUUUCUGUAAAACAUUCAAAGCCCCCAAUACUAUUUUCAAAGAUCGAUCUACCCGACACAAGCACUCUAAGAGCAACCGCAACGCCUGUCAUUCCCUUCUUCCAUUCUGACGUGGCAUGGGGUGCUGCCUAUUUCAUGGUUGCAACCCCUCUUCCAUAUAAUGACAGCUUCCAUUUAAUGGAAGAGCAAAUGGAAUGGACAAUGGGUACCGAUUGGGUCCCACUCCACUUUAUGUGCUUUCUAUUUUUUUUUUUCAUUCUCUUUUGUGUGAGUUGUGAGAAAUUAUAUUUGUGUUGGUAGUUAUAAUUUAAGAUAAACAAACUUAUUAGAUUAAGUAAAUUCAUUAAACUUAUGAUCAAUUAAUUUUGUAAAUUUUGAAAGUGUUAUACUGAAGAAAAAAAGUUCACGUACGCUUAUAUAGAUAUAAAGAUGUCUCAACUACAUCCAAAUACAAAUUACAUGGCAAAUCAACAAUACUUAAUAAAAAGUCAUUACACACAAAUUAACUGAUACACACUUUAAAGUCUAGACUGUCACACAAAACAAAUACACGUACUACAUAAAUUAUUCAAACCAUAAAAUUAAAUCACUGAUUGCCCAAUAACUUUUGGAUUUUCUUCUCAUAUAACAUUUUUGUGCGUCUGUCAUUGUUGAUAGAUCCAGUUCCAUCAAUUUCACCAUUAACUUAUCUCUCUUGUAUGCUUCUUUCUUCCUCUCUCGUUCCUCUCUCGUUCUUCCUCUAGUCUUACCUUUGCAGUCGUGAACUCUUUCAUCGCCUCUACCUUUCCUACUUCAAUAAUGAUUUUUUUUUGUUGCACUACUGCUUGCAUACUCUCCGCCGAAUAAGAUGAUAUAGAUGGUUUUUUUCCUUUAUCCUUUGAAGCUUUUCUUCCUGGAGGACGAGAAUGAGAUACGACCUCACAAUCUUCGAUGGGAGGCAUGCACUAGGAAUGGAAAAAUUGUGCUAUUGGCAAUAUGCUGGGGGGGGGGGGGGGGGGGGGGGGGGGGGGGGACCAUAAAACUCCAACCAUUAUGCUUGAAGUUGUUGCUUCACAAGAUUUGUGGAUAUGACAUGCUUUCUUUGGUGUUCCAUCUCCCCUAUCUUCCAUGAAGUGUUAGAAGGGAAAGUACCAAAGGUUCGAUUUUAUGUUAAUGGAAGAAACCACAAUUUUGGGUAUUACCUAACUGAUGGUAUUUAUCCCAAUUGGGCCACUUUCGUCAAGUCAAUUCCACUGCCCCAAGGAUCCAAACACAAGUUGUUUGCGAUGAAGCAAGAGGCGGCUAGAAAAGAUGUCGAGGGAGCAUUUGGGGUGCUCCAAGCACGUUUUGCUAUCAUUAGUGGACCAUCACGCAUGUGGUGUAAGGACAUAAUCGCUGAGAUUAUGAGAGCAUGUAUAAUUAUGCACAACAUGAUUGUUGAAGAUGAACGAGAUACAUAUAUUCGUCAGUUUGAUUACACAGAUGAGGACGUGAACUUUGAAGUCUCGAUGCCUAUAGUUUCUCAAAAUCAUCUCCCGGAGUAUGAUGAGUAUCUUCGGAACCACACAAGGAUUCGUAAUAGGUCAACAAAUAAUCAACUUCAAUCCAAUUUGAUAGAAGAGAUAUGAAAUCGAUUCAGAGACAAGGAGUACGAUGAUUAAUCUAGCAUCAUUUCUAUGUAUUUGUAUUAAUUGUGUUUAUUUGCAAUAGUAAUUGUGUUAUGUACGUGUGUUUAUUUGAAUUGUGAUUUUGUUGUAAUUUGUCAUUUGAAUAUUGUACUUGUGACUUUAAUAAAAGUUUCAUGUAUUUUUAUUAAAGUCUACCCAUUUUAAAUUACAUAGUUUAUUUUUUAAUCAAUGAAUAAAGCUAUAAUACAUUUUUAAAUGAAUUGGUAGAUUUAUUUCAUCAUUGAUAAUUAAAUAAUUACAAUAUAUUAUUUUAAUUAUUUGAUACGUCUUAAAUUGGUAAAAUCAUAUAGGUUAGAUAUAAAUGUAGAUUUAUUAAAAAGUAAGUUGGACCCACCAUAUGAAAUAGAUAGUGGAUUUCAUGAAUGCAGAGGAAAUGGAAGUUAUAUGUAGUGAAAUGGAAAAUCUAUUGAUGUGGCAGUGGGGGCUACAUAUGAAAUAGAAAUGGUAUUUCAUAGAUGUGGAUGGUCUCAGAAAUAAUUAGCAUUCGUUUUUUUUUUAAUAUAACCACUCAUUUUUCUCACAAAUUGAAAAGGCUUGGAUACACGUGUUUUUCAUCUUAACAGAAACAAACAAGUAUUGCAAAUAAAAAAAAUUAUGUAGCAGAACGAUAAAGUUAGAGAAAAUAA